AGGCCAAGGAACCAGGCCCAGGCGGACUAGAAGCCACCCUCUCCCUCGCAUCGCACCCCUCUGCACUCCUCACGCCCAAAAUCGCCCACCUCCUCUCCCUCCUCCGCCUCUAUGCCUCCCAGCCGUCCCCCACCAUUGUCAUUUUCGUGGAGCGCAUUGUCACCGCACACAGCCUCUCUCGACUCCUCCGUUUGCUGCCCUCGGUUGCUGCUUCUCUGAAGGCGGAUUUUGUGGUUGGUGCUGGGGCUGCCAAGAUCGGAAUCUCGAUCAAUCAGGGCGGGACAGCUAAGCACUCCCGGCCAGAUUCUGCAAUUUCGCGCUUUCGUGCGGGGAAGCUGAACGUGCUGGUGGCAACGAGUGCGGCAGAGGAGGGCAUGGACAUUCCGGCGUGCCACACGGUGAUCCGAUUCGACCGCAUUCUCACCGUGCGCUCCAUGCUGCAGUCUCGCGGCAGGGCACGGAAACCAGGCGCGCACUUCCGAGUGCUUGUGCAACGGGGCGAUACCAAGUACGAGGAGGACUUAGCCAAGUUCAUGCGCAAUGAAGGCACCAUGCAGGCCACGGUGCAGCAGCAGCGCAACACCCAGAACCAGAAUGAGAACCGAGGGGAGAGGGAAGGAGAUAGAGGCCUGGGAGGGCCGUUUUGGGAAGAUGAAACGGAGGAGGAAGAUGCGGAGGAGGGAGGAGAAGAGGAAGGAAUGGAUGUGGAUUGGGAUGGGAGGGUGAACCUGGAAUUGGGGGCAGGGGAGGUAGGGGAGGGGGAUGGAGUGAUUGCAAGAAGAGAAGGUGGUGUGGAUGGAGAGGGUGUGAGAGGUGAGAAGGGGGAAGGGAAGGUGGAGAGUAGGUGGGGGAUGAGAAGCGGCAGCAAGGUGUUGGUGGUACCGAGUACAGGGGCGCUGGUGACGAGACAGGGCAGUGUGGCUCUCGUGUAUCAGUUCUGCAACACUCUGGGGACCAAUGACGGGAGCGGCGUGCUGCAGCCAUUCUUCUCUGUUAACUCCUCCCCAACCGAUUCAAGCACCACUGCUGCCGCUGCAUCUUCUCCCAUUGACCCACCUGCACCCCUCUUUACAGUCACACUCCGCCUGCCAGCCACUGCUGGCGUCCCUGCCAUCCAUGGGCCGCCAUGCCGGUCAAAAAUCGCCGCCCGGCGGGCUGUGUGUCUGCAGGCAGUGAAGAUUCUGCUGGAUUCUGGGCGGCUGAGUGAGAGGCUACUGCCGAUUCGGUGGGGGAAGAAGAGGCGGAGCAAGUUUGGUGCCACUGUGGCGCCUGAGAGAGCAACUGUUCCCCAUCCCCCAUCCUUUCCCUCCCCACCUAUGCGCCGUGUUGCCAUGCGAAUCUCCUCUGUCCUGCACCUCCCCAUCACCAUCUCCCGAUCAUCAUCUGUCAUCCCCAUAUUACCUCUCCCCAUCUCCCCCCCAUUUCCCCAUCUUCUCCCCCCCUUCACCGCCACCCCAUCAACCCCACCAUCAACUCGCCGUGUUGCCAUGCAUGUGCACCAGCGAAUCCCCUCUGCCCUGCGCCUCUCCAUCACAUCUGUUUCCAUCAGCCAUCAUCCCCCUCUUAUCCCGGCAUCUCCCUACCAUCUCCUCCCUACGUUUCCCCAUCAACCCCUCCUCCCAGCGCGCCGUGUUGCCAUGCAUGUGCACCAGCGAAUCCCCUUUGCCCUGCGCCUCCCCAAUCACCAGUUCCCGCUCACCAUCUCCCCAUCAUCCCACCCAUCCCCAUUAUCCCCCCCGUCAGCGCGCCGUGUUGCCAUGCAUGUGCACCAGCGAAUCCCCUCUGCCCUGCGCCUCCCAUGGGAGGGGGCAGUUGAGGGGGAACAGCAAGGGGUGGGCGAGGAGGAAGAGGAGGACGACAAGGGGGGAAGGCGGGCGUAUUUUGUGCAUCGUGUUCACAUCAGUAUGGGCAGGAAGGCAGAUGAAGAUGGAAGAAAGCAUGCAAGCGAGGAUGCUAGAGGGAGUGACACUAAGGAGGAUGGCAGUGAACGUGACUGUAAGGAGCGUGAGGGAAGCAGAGGGGUAGCUGAGGAGGAGGAGGAGGAGGAGGAGGAGGAGGAGGAGGAGGAGGAGGAGGAGAAGACUCCAUCAGGCCUCGGCUCUGCCCAAGAAACCUCCCGGUUUCUCCUCUUAUGCGUGGGGGAACUUGGUCCAGAGUGUGGGGCGGCGAUGUUCGGACUGUUCCCGAAAGGAGUGGGCCAUGCGACAGUGCAGCUGACUCCCAUGGGCCGUGUGGUGCUCUCUGCCAGUCAGGUAUGCGACCUUGUGUACCUUUGCUGCACGCCUGUCGUCCCCCCUCUCCCUCCUCCCCCACCUGCUUCCCUUGCACGCUCAUCUCCUCAUGUUCUUCUACACGCUUCUCAUCUGCACCUUCCCAUUGCUCUUCCCCUCCCCCACCCACCCUCCAACUUUCCCUCUGCCCGCACCUACUUACAUGUCCUUCCAUGCACAUCUCUUCCGCAUACCUUCCCCCAUUGCUCUUCCCCCAUUGCUCUUCCCCCAUUGCUCUUCCCCCAUUGCUCUUCCCCCAUUGCUCUUCCCCCAUUGCUCUUCCCCCAUUGCUCUUCCCCCAUUGCUCUUCCCCCAUUGCUCUUCCCCCAUUGCUCUUCCCCCAUUGCUCUUCCCCCAUUGCUCUUCCCCCAUUGCUCUUCCCCCAUUGCUCUUCCCCCAUUGCUCUUCCCCCAUUGCUCUUCCCCCAUUGCUCUUCCCCCAUUGCUCUUCCCCCAUUGCUCUUCCCCCAUUGCUCUUCCCCCAUUGCUCUUCCCCCAUUGCUCUUCCCCCAUUGCUCUUCCCCCAUUGCUCUUCCCCCAUUGCUCUUCCCCCAUUGCUCUUCCCCCAUUGCUCUUCCCCCAUUGCUCUUCCCCCAUUGCUCUUCCCCCAUUGCUCUUCCCCCAUUGCUCUUCCCCCAUUGCUCUUCCCCCAUUGCUCUUCCCCCAUUGCUCUUCCCCAUUGCUCUUCCCCCAUUGCUCUUCCCCCAUUGCUCUUCCCCCAUUGCUCUUCCCCCAUUGCUCUUCCCCCAUUGCUCUUCCCCCAUUGCUCUUCCCCCAUUGCUCUUCCCCCAUUGCUCUUCCCCCAUUGCUCUUCCCCCAUUGCUCUUCCCCCAUUGCUCUUCCCCCAUUGCUCUUCCCCCAUUGCUCUUCCCCCAUUGCUCUUCCCCCAUUGCUCUUCCCCCAUUGCUCUUCCCCCAUUGCUCUUCCCCCAUUGCUCUUCCCCCAUUGCUCUUCCCCCAUUGCUCUUCCCCCAUUGCUCUUCCCCCAUUGCUCUUCCCCCAUUGCUCUUCCCCCAUUGCUCUUCCCCCAUUGCUCUUCCCCCAUUGCUCUUCCCCCAUUGCUCUUCCCCCAUUGCUCUUCCCCCAUUGCUCUUCCCCCAUUGCUCUUCCCCCAUUGCUCUUCCCCCAUUGCUCUUCCCCCAUUGCUCUUCCCCCAUUGCUCUUCCCCCAUUGCUCUUCCCCCAUUGCUCUUCCCCCAUUGCUCUUCCCCCAUUGCUCUUCCCCCAUUGCUCUUCCCCCAUUGCUCUUCCCCCAUUGCUCUUCCCCCAUUGCUCUUCCCCCAUUGCUCUUCCCCCAUUGCUCUUCCCCCAUUGCUCUUCCCCCAUUGCUCUUCCCCCAUUGCUCUUCCCCCAUUGCUCUUCCCCCAUUGCUCUUCCCCCAUUGCUCUUCCCCCAUUGCUCUUCCCCCAUUGCUCUUCCCCCAUUGCUCUUCCCCCAUUGCUCUUCCCCCAUUGCUCUUCCCCCAUUGCUCUUCCCCCAUUGCUCUUCCCCUGUCCCCGCCCUCCCCACUACCCGCGCCUGCUUCCCUCCCUUGCAGGCGCGUCUGCUCAUGUCCUUUCACGCGCAUCUCUUUGCCACUCUCCUGCGCCGCUGCCGCCGCUGCUGCCAAUCCGCACCCAUUCCUAG